AUGAAGGAGCUUGCCCGUGGCCACAUAUGGUGGCCAGGAAUAGAUAAAGACAUUGAGGACCUGGCAAAGAGUUGUGGACCGUGCAACGCCACACGGAAUGCAUCCCCAUCUCAGUACCACCCAUGGGCAUACCCACAAGCACCGUGGGAGAAGAUACACAUUGACUUUGCCGGACCCGUGGAUGGGAUACAUUUUCUAGUUGUUGUUGACGCUUACUCCAAAUGGCUGGAAAUAGUUCCCAUGCGCACGACUACAGCUCCGGCAACCAUCAAGGUUCUUCAUGAACUCUUUGCACGUUUCGGGCUACCCAUUCACGUAGUCAGUGACAAUGGCCCACAAUUCACUUCAGAAGCUUUUGCCAAGUUCAUGAAGCAGAACGGCGUUAAACACACCACUACAGCACCGUACCACCCAAAGAGCAACGGCCAGGCUGAAAGAUUCGUCCAAACCUUCAAGCUGGCAUACGAAGCCGGGCAGGGUCCUCCAUCGCAGAUCAUUGCCGACUUCCUCUUGAAACAGCGCAACACCUCUUAUGCAACUACCCAACAAACACCGGCCAAACUGAUGUUGGGAAGAAACCUGCGCACACGUUUAUAUUUGUUGUUGCCAUACAGACCAGCAUCUCCCAAGACGGCACCUGCACUGUCACAACCGUCACGAUGCUUCAACAUUGGCCACAAGGUAUGGUAUCAAGACUUCAGCGCCUCUGGUGAGAAAUGGUCACCAGGGUGCGUAGCAACAAAGAUCGGUAAUGUGAUGUACGAAGUACAGCCAGACAAGUUCCCCCAACAACACGUUCGAAGUCAUGCAGACCGGCUCUGCGAAAGAACUGCACCUCCUUAUCAAGAUAGCAUGUCUCACAGAGAUCACCAGCUACUUCCGAUGACCACGCCAGCAGCUGAGCCACUCAGCUGCACAGAGGGAGAUGGCGACGCUACAGAAACAUUAAGUCGCCCUCAAACAACAAGACAGCAAAAUCCACCGACGAUCAGUGAGGAAGUUCCCGAGGAUGCGGGAGAGCCGGACAUGCCUAGGAGGUCGUCACGCGCGAACAAGGGCAUAGCGCCAGACAGGCUGAACUUAUAA